GUUGCGGGGGGGAGGGGGGAGGGGGGAGGAAGGAGGAGAGAGGGAAGGAGAAGCUUACACACGCCUUCCAGUCACUACCACUCAGAGCCUAGUUCCCUUCGAUCGCAGCUGCGGCUGCUGCUGCUGCUGCUGCCGCCGCCGCCGCCGCCGCCGCCGCCGCCGCCACCGCUGCUGCUACUGCCGCCACCACCACCACUACCGCCACCACUGCCUCUGCCGCUACCGCUGCCACCUGAGGAGAACUGCAAGAUCCGCUGCUUCUCAUCACCUUUCUCCAGUGAUUUUGUUCAUAGCACCUGGGCUUCAUUAUUAUUAUUAUUAUUGCGAUUAUUAUUAUUGCAAGAGAAAGAAAUUAAAGAAAAUAAGGACCACCUGCAAAUUACAACAUUACUCAGUUGUCUCCACGGGGGGUGGGGGUGCGAUAAAAGCCUUCGUGGUUCACCAGCAGGGAGGGGAACUGCUUUGGGGAUAUUGUGGGGGAGGGGGAAGUUGGUGGCACUAGCAGUUGGAAAGUUGCGUUCGAGGAAGAGGACAAGGUGCAAUCCCAGAUCCUGGGGGGGGCGGUGUGUCUGUGUGAAGCUGCUGCCCCCCAUUCCCCCUUUCACAUUCUUAACCUCCAAGGGGUACUAUUACCGAGUGGAACGGAGGACGACGCCCCCCUCCUGUGAAGUGGACCGUAUUCUUGCACACACAAGAAGAGGAGGAGGAGGAAUAUGGCACCGACGGCAGCCCACUCCUGUCGACUGGUCUUAAGCCUCCUGAUCUCUGCCGCCGUCCUUAGGCCAGGCCUUGGAUUGUAUACUGUAAAUUCAGUAUAUGGAGAAACCAUUGUUAUGCCUUGCCGUCUCGAAGUACCUCAGACCCUUAUGUUUGGAAAAUGGAAAUAUGAAAAGCCUGAUGGGAGCCCAGUAUUUAUUGCCUUCCGAUCCUCUACAAGAAAACAUGUGCAAUAUGAUGAAGUACCGGAAUACAAAGACAGAUUGAGCCUCUCGGAAAACUACACCUUAUCCAUCAGUCAUGCAAGGAUCAGUGAUGAAAAGAGAUUUGUGUGCAUGCUAGUUACAGAGGACAAUGUGUUCGAGGCCCCGACAGUGGUCAAGGUGUUCAAACAACCAUCUAAACCUGAAAUUGUAAAUAAAGCACAAUUCUUGGAAACAGAACAACUGAAAAAGUUGGGUGAUUGUGUUUCAAAAGACAGUUAUCCAGAUGUCAACAUUACAUGGUACCGAAAUGGAAAGAUUUUGGACCCUUCAGAAGAUAUGGUCACAGCUUUACGAAGACAAGUGGAUCCAGCAACUCAACUCUCUACUGUAACGUCAUCUCUAACAUACAAGACAACAAAAAAUGAUAUAAAGAUACCAUUUACAUGUUCUGUGACAUAUUAUGGUCCAUCUGGCCAAAAAACAAUUCAUUCUGAUCAAGCUUUCUUUGAUAUUUACUAUCCCACAGAGAAGGUGACAAUUCAAGUCCUGCCACCCAAAAACGCCAUUAAAGAAGGAGACAACAUCACUCUAAAAUGCUUAGGAAAUGGUAACCCCCCUCCAGAGGAGUUUUUGUUUUACCUCCCAGGACAGUCAGAAGGUAUAAGGAGCUCAAAUACUUACAUAUUGACAGAUGUAAGACGAAAUGCAACAGGAGACUACAAAUGCUCUCUAACAGAUGAAAAAAGUAUGAUUGCUGCCACAACCAUCACAGUGCACUAUUUGGAUUUGUCCCUUAACCCAAGUGGGGAAGUAACUAAGCAGAUUGGUGAUGCUCUUCCUGUGACAUGUACGAUAUCUUCUAGUAGGAAUGCAACUGUUGUUUGGUUGAAAGAUAACACCAAGCUGCGGUCUAGGCCAUCAUUUUCCAGUCUACAGUACCAGGAUGCUGGGAACUAUGUCUGUGAAACCAAUCUGCAAGAAGUUGAAGGGUUAAAGAAAAGAGAAUCUCUGACUCUAAUUGUGGAAGGAAAACCUCAAAUUAAAAUGACAAAGAAAACUGACCCAAAUGGAUUGUCUAAAACAAUUACCUGCCACGUGGAAGGUUUUCCCAAGCCGGCUGUCCAGUGGACAAUUACAGGCAGUGGAAGCGUCAUAAACCAAACGGAGGAGUCCCCUUAUGUCAAUGGCAGGUAUUAUAGUAAAAUUAUCAUUUCUCCUGAAGAGAAUGUUACAUUAACUUGCACAGCAGAAAACCAGCUGGAGAGAACAGUAAACUCCUUGAAUGUCUCUGCUAUCAGUAUUCCAGAACAAGAUGAGGCAGACGAUAUAAGUGAUGAAAAUAAAGAAAAAGUGAAUGACCAAGCCAAGUUAAUUGUGGGGAUUGUCGUCGGCCUUCUCCUUGCUGCUCUUGUUGCUGGUAUAGUCUACUGGCUGUACAUGAAGAAAUCAAAGACAGCAUCAAAACAUGUUAACAAAGACCUGGGAAAUAUGGAGGAAAACAAAAAGUUAGAAGAAAACAAUCACAAAACAGAAGCUUAAGAGAAAAAUUGUCCUGAAUGCUGUUCCAGAGAAAAAAACCAUAUAGACCAAUUGAAGCAUGAACGUGGAUUGUAUUUAAGACAUAUACAAAGACAUUGACAGCUAUUCAUGGUUCAAGUGUUAAGCAGUUCAUUCUACCAAGCUGUCACAGGAUUUUAGAAAAUUAUCUCAAGUAAAACAACAAAUAGAAAAAUUUAAGGGAAAAAAAAAAACAAAUUUUGGCAGCCAUGAUAAUAGGUCACUAUGUUGUGUUCUGUUUGAAUUUUUUUUUCUGUAAAUGUCUGCACUGAGGAUUUCUUUUUUUGUUUGCCUUUUAUGUAAAUUUUUUACGUAGCUAUUUUUAUACACUGUAAGGCUUUGUUCUGGGAGUUGCUGUUAUUCUGAUGUAUAGUGUAAUGUUUUUAUUUUGAUUGUUUUUUAUGGAUACUCUUUGAGCAGGUACAUUUCUGAUUCUGAUUGCUAUCAGUAAUGCCUCAAAUUUUAUCACAAGUUUCUGAAACCCUAAGGUAGAAACUUGUUGCCAUGUGGUAGGGGCACCACAUGUUACUCUAUUCAAAGAUGUAAUUUUAUCUCUUUCUCUUUCUCUCUCUUUCUCAAUACACACACACACACACACACACACAUCAGGUUGAAGAACACUAUUUUAAUGUACAUACAACAAACUAACACCAGUCAAAACACAGUCAUACUAACAUAUAAGAAAUAGGUUCCCCAAAGUGAAAUCAAUGCCUGUUCUCAAGAAAUAUCAACACUGAAUUGGGGGGUUAAUACGUACAUAUAGAGACAGUUGAUGGGAAUCUUUCUUAAAAGAAAACAAAAGUAAAUCAGUGCAUUAAUAACAGUUUGGAAAAUCAUGGCCAUCAUGGCAAUUAUCCCCAUUUCCAUUCUUCAUAACAUAAAUGAAACUUCAAAUUGGCUUUAUAUCCUUUGGGUUUUCCACUGCCUUAAAAAUACACUUUUUUUCCUCUCUGAAGAAGAUAUCAGUCAGAAUUGGAGAUUUUUUAACAGUGGUCAUUAUCAGAGCUGCAUUAUUUUCCACAAGAAUAGAAUAUAUAUAUUUUUUUCGUGUGUGUGUUUUUGUUAACUACGCUACAGAUAUUGAAUGCACCUUGAGAUAAUUUAGUGUUUUUAACUGGUACAUAAUUUAUCAAACAGUACAUGAAAGUGUAACAAUGAAAUGUCUAUGUAUCUUUAGUUACAUUGAAAUUUGUAACUUUAUAAACAUGUUUUACGCUUGGACAUUUUUAGGACGAUAGUAUAAAUGGAAACAUUUCGAGGUAGACUGGAUAUGGGGCAAUAGUGUAUUUGUGAUUAGUCUUUUCAACCUUUCCUCCUUCCUGCAGAAGCCUGGUUUCUGGAUAAACAUGAUAUAGCCAUUUUUGGUCCAAGUGUCACAUAAUUUUGUGGACAAACAGCAUCAAAUUUCCAGUUAAAAAACAAUUAUCCAGAGGGGAAGGGCAAUAAAAAGGAAACUGGCAUAUGUUUUUUUUUUUUUUUAAUGGUCCAAUGAUUUUUUUUUUCUAAAUAGAAGUUAACAGACAAAUUUGAGAUUAAAUUCAAAUGGAAGUUAUGAAUGAUAUUUUGACACUUCUGCAUUAUUUAGAAACACACUGUUAUUGUAAAUUUGUACAAUGUUAAAUGUCUGGGCAGUAGUGACUGAUGUCCUAAUAAAAGCUUCCUGUAGUACAUUGGUAUGGAUUAAAUAUAUAAGAUGUCCUAUUAAACUCUAUGCUGUAUAAAAUAUUAGAGGGAAAAGAAAAUAUGUUAUAUUGCCUCUAAACUUUGAUUUAUUAAAGUUUUAUUUGGCAGGAAAAAAUUGAAUUUUGGUCAACAUUUAAACCAAAGUGAAAGGGGAAAAAAAAACCAAAGUAAUUUGUUUUGCAUGGCAAAGCCAUUCUGUUAUCUUUGUAAAUACUGUGAUUUCUUUUCUUUUCUUUUUCUUUUUAGAAUUUUGUUUAAAGAAAUUCUAAAAUUUUUAAACACUUGUUUUCCAAAAUAAAACAUGAACCCUAAAAAAAGAAAUUACUUACAUAUAAUUUUUUUUCUUUUGGUUGUGGGAGAUAAAGGCUGCAAAGUACAGUUGCUAAGAUACUUUUGCAGAAAGCAGCAAUGUGACACAAAGAAGAGAGGGUAAAAACCUACAAUACUUUGGCUUCAGCUUGUGAUAGUUAACUAAUUCCAAAAAUAGCUGUCAAACCUAUAGAGUGGACCAUCUCAAGUAGCAUGCUCUAGAAUGAAAACAGAAAGCAUGCAAGAACAGAUGGGGCAACACUGUCCACUACAUCAAAGAUUGGAGGAAGAAAAAAGUUUGUCAACCACUAUCUACACAUCACCAGUCUUGUGAAUGAAGAUGAACUAGUCCUCACCGUUUGAGGUUUCUGCUCCAGCUUCUGUUCAGCUUAACUCUUUGGCAACAGGAGGCAGGUUUUCCCAGCUCAAAGUUCACUCCCUGUCGGUGAUUACAGGAACUGUGUGUGGAAAUGGAUUAACAUGCCCAUCUAUGCCUAAAAGAUAAUAAAAUUGAAGUAUGUCUUCAAA